AUAAUAAUGCGAUAUGCUAACAAUACGCUAUCAGUAUCCUAUUUAUCAAUGCCACUUUGUUGAACUCUUAACGAGCGAAGUUAUUUAUUUACACUUUGUUUAAUUAUUUCGUAGCCGCAAACAAGGCGACGCAACUGGCUGACGCAUUACUGGUAUAUGUACUUCCCCAGUACUUUCCACAUAAUCAGUUUGUGUACAGCUCUUGAUAUAUCAACAGUAUUCGCGCUACACUACUCUAGUCUACGCUAGUAUUUUUAUUUAAUUUUUUAUAAAAAAUCAGUAUGAAAACGCUAGUGUUUUUGAGUUUUGUUAUACUUAUCUUUGUAUCAACAUGCUGGGCUCGCGAUAUGAUAGUGGGUACCAGUUACAACACGCGACUGGUUUGGCAACAGAAGGCCGAGUAUAGAGCUAUUCCUUUCAAGAAGAGAGUAAAAGAGGUAUUCUACACGGAUCCAAGUCAACAAAUAAUCAGGGGUGUGAUAGCCAGGGACUUGGACCACAAUGACGCAACAGCCACUAUAACUUCAGGGGGCGUGGGGUCCAGCUUUGUUAACAUUCGUAUGAAGAGCGAACGCGGCGGCAGCCUAAAUUACCAAAUUGAAAUUUACGUGUAACCGAAGUAAUUAGAAAUGGUAGUUAAUUAGAUACAGUAAUUACCCAAAUACCGGUUUAUAUUUGUAUUCAAUGCGUGUGAAUUAUAAUACAAUUUAU